AUGCCUCAAGAAGGACUCGGUAUCCCCGUCAAGCUCCUCCACGAAUCUUUAGGUCACAUUAUAACGGUUGAGCUCAAGACGGGCCAGCUCUACCGUGGCAAACUUGCUGAAGCCGAGGAUAACCUGAACAUCUCCUUGAAAGACAUAACAGUCACUGGACGUGACGGACGUGUGUCUCAGUUGGAUCAGGUCUACAUCCGUGGCAGUAUGGUCAGGUUUUUCAUCGUGCCCGAUAUGUUGCAGAACGCCCCCAUGUUCAAACGCGUGGGCCCGAAUGCCAUGAGAGGAAGAGGUAUUGGCACGGCUCGUGGACGAGCGACCAUCAUGCGCGCCAACGCUCGUCGUGGUCGCGGUGUGCCUGCGCCUCGUGGAAUCCGGCGGUAAAAUACCUUUGUUGUACUCCGAUGUGAUCAUAUUCGCUUGUGUCUCUCAUCCAUCAAUGCAUUGUCACACUGGCC